AUGAAAAAUGAUCCAAAAAAUUUAAAAUCCACGAGUGCUCCUAGCCUUGAAACUGUAAACGAACACCCUGAAAGAAAAAGAAUCCCCAUAAGCCUAUUAAAUUUUUUUCGGCCAAUGAUUAUGCUACACAUUGACUCUAAUAGCCCAAUUCUUGCUAUUCGAAAUUUACUUACUCUUCCCUUUCAAUACUAGCCAUAUCUUUCUCUCUUAGGGGAAUUUUUAUAAAGAAAAUAUAUAUAAAAAAAAAAUUAUAAUUUAUAAAAUUUUAGUUUAGAGUGCAGACUGUCUAAAUAAGCUUGAGACCUUGCUGUCAUAAAUAUUUAAAAAUAAUUUAUAAAAAUAAUAUAUUAAAAUUGUGUUAAAAGGGAUAAAUUUUUGCAAUUGUUUUGCCGCUUUUAAAGCAGGGAGAGUUAUAAAAGAUUCCAACGAUAGGACAGCUCGAGCUAUUAAUAAAGUCCUCAAAUUUUUACGUGACCUAUCAUUCUUCAAAACCUUUGAGCUGCUACAAGGAACUGACUCUUUAAUAGCCUUAUGCCAGACUAUGAGUUAUGGAUUCUUUGAAGCCGGCUCUUUUAUAUAUAAAAAAGGAGACUCGAUAAGCCAAUUUUACGUAUUAAUAGAUGGAGCUGUAGCAAGGCACAACGAAAAUGAAAUCUCUUACGAAUUCCAUAAAGGAGACUCCUUUGGUGAAAAACCUUCACAGAAAAUAAAGCCACUUAAAUGUUUGACAGAUUGUCACUGCGCGAUUAUAGAAAUUUCUGCCUAUAAAAAUAUUAUCGAUAAAGCCAAACAGCUAAAAACCAAUGAAGUUAUCAGGUUUUUGCAAGGAAUUCCUGGUCUUGAAGCCCUUACAGAGAAAAAUCUACAGAAAUUGUACUAUUUCUUUACAGAAAAAGAAUACAAACAAAAACAAAUAGUUUUCAAAGAAGGCGAAGAAGCCAAUGAUGUUUUUAUUGUCAGAAGUGGCGAAUUUUUAAUUUCAAAAAAAUUAAAAAUUGACUUAAGCAGUAAAAAAAGCAAAAAUAGAGAAGCAGAAAUUGCAUUAGUCGGCCCAGGAGAGCUGAUAGGAGAAGAAGACAUAUCUAACGACCAUUUGCGGACUUUUACCUGCAAAUGUAAAUCUGAUAGCGGAAUUUUAUUAUCGAUUUCUAAAGAUCUUUUUAUGAGGAAAAUAAUAAAAAAUGAAGAAAUGACAAAUGCGCUUACUGAAAGAAUCCGAAUGAAAGGGGAAAUGAGGAGCCAGCUAACAGACUCAAUUAGUUCUGUAGAACAAAGAAAGCUGGGAAUUGAGGUAAAAUGAGAAAUUCCAAUUGAAAAACCUAUAAUAAAAACAAAAAUCCCUGACAUUUUGAAGCCGAGAAAAAAAUACUCUGAUGUCCCUCACAUCUGUAAAAAUGUGCACACUUUAAAAAUCGUGGAAAAAGAGCUUGUGAGGCGAGAGUCUAUGUCUCCUGGCCGAGUUUAUAGCCCAGCUAGAAGGAUUCCGGCUGUACGUGCUGAAAUAUCAAGAAAUCAAUUUAUAUCAACGGGGCUGUCUCCAUCUAAAUCUCAUAGUAGACGAUCAAGUAUGGAGCUGCCUAUUAAUUUUCAUACGACAAUUUUAAGAGAACAAUUGGCAUCUGCUCAGUCUAAUAAAAGAUUUUAUUUCAAUAAUUUAGGGCUAAGCCGCCAUUCUUCGCAUCUUUCACUAAGCCAAUUUUACUCCGGAAAUAGUACAGAUAGAUCUUCGUCAAAAAAUUCGAAAAGGAUGCUUAAGACAUCUCAUAAUAUGUUUAGAUUUAAAAACUUAUAA